AAGCCACUAUUUAUUUCCAGUCCUCACACAAGACACCUGAUACAAGCCAAGAUGAAGAGAAGUUCAAGGAUUCAGUGUAUAAGCAUGGGAACUCACAAAAGCAAAUGUUGGAAGGACAGCAGAAAAGGAAGGGGGAGGGUGGAAACCCGUGAAUUUCGUUUUCAGCUAAAAGGUUCGUCUCAGUUUUUCCCAGGUGAAAGUGCUGUUGUUGCUACACAGAGACCUGGGCAGCCCAGGUGUUCUAUGCUUAAACCACACUGAUGUUUAAGUGACCAGUUUAUGAAAAAGAAGCUUCCAUCAGGAGAAUCGGCUGCUGCUGUUUUCUUGCUGAGCUGAAAGGGAUCUUCUCAAAGAAACAAUGCUCCAUUCAACAUUGGCCUUGUCCCUCCUGCUAAUUGCAGUCUCUUCCAACCUUGCAAUGGCAAUCAAAAAGGAAAAAAGAAUACCUCAAACACUGUCAAGAGGAUGGGGAGAUGAAAUUACCUGGGUACAAACUUACGAAGAAGGGCUUUAUCAAGCAAAAAAAAGUAACAAGCCACUGAUGGUAAUUCAUCACUUGGAAGACUGUCAAUACUGCCAAGCACUGAAGAAAGCUUUUGCAGAAAAUGAAGAGAUACAGGAAAUGGCCCAAAAUAACUUCGUUAUGUUGAACCUCAUGCAUGAAACCACAGAUAAAAACCUGUCACCUGAUGGACAAUAUGUGCCUCGAAUCAUGUUUGUAGACCCAUCUCUCACAGUAAGAGCUGAUAUCACAGGAAGAUACUCCAACCGGCUUUACACUUACGAACCACAAGACAUACCGUUCUUAAUAGAGAACAUGAAGAAAGCACUACGCCUCAUUCAGACGGAGCUGUAACCAGUAACAGUGAAAUGACCAUAGCCUCUACGAGGUGAAGCUGCACUAGGAAACCUAACAUUUUAAAACAUUUUAGUUAACCUCUCUGUCUCUACUAGCAUUUUGAACUCUUACCAUGCAACUCUGAUAUAUCAGAUUUCAUAAGAAAUUUAUAUGUACCAUUUGAAAAAUAAACACAGAAAGACUAUCAUGUCCAUUUGAAAAACAAGAGGAUAAAUCUAUUAAACACUUUGAAAUUAGUUAUUCUAAUAACUGAAAGCGAUGGUUUAAGGUGCAGCAACUUUGAGUUGUGUUUUAUCAGUCCAACUAUGAUGUUGACAAGUCAGCUAUGACUUAUGACCAAGAGUUAUAACCAAUCUUUUUUAUGCCUAUUUGCAAUUUGUUAUAUAAGUUACCAGCUGUACCUCAGCUCCUCAUGUUUAUUUUUUAUUGCAAGAAGCUUGCAAGUCACUAAUGUAACUCUGAUUUAUGCACUGAUUUCUCAAUAAAGGAAAAGAAACUUUGCUAGCAAAUCAGACAGGAAGGCCCUUUCUAUAGAUUUUGGAAUAGCUUAUAUAGAAAAAAAAAAAAAACAACAGUGAUCUGGGCUUAGCUUUCUUCUGUAUAAUUCUUCAACUAUCAUUCUGAUAGCUGAAACAGAACAGACAUUUCACACUGAGCAUGUGGUCUCAGGUGAUAACCAUCAAAUAGCAGCUACAGGUUUUGCUGUUAUAAAGAUACAGUGAAGCAAGAGAGAUGGAAGGAGAUAGUUCCAGAACUCCACUCCUGAGGCUUAGUGAUGCUUGUAAAGCCUGGUAUGAGAAAAAUGAGCAGGUCUGUCCUAGGUCUUUUCAUUGAAUUGGCACUGAAGUCAUGUGAAGCUCAUCCUAGGUCGUUCCUUCUUUUUCAUGACAGUGGCAGCUUAGUGAGUAGAUUUGUACAUCCUAUGAUGUUGUCUAAAUACAGAUAUAAAAGAUGAAGGAACAAUCUUUGCAGGACAGCUUUGCUAAUUACAAUACCUAGUAUUAAUUUGUCAUGAACAAGUUAUAUUGUGCUUAUCUAUAUCUUCAUAACUAUGUAAAAUUUGGAUAUAAGAGUAUAUUCCAACAGAGUGGUGAUAAAUGACCUGUACACUAGGAAAAAAAAAUCUUGUAUUAGUCAUUAGCAGUCUAUUAUUUUCAUAGUCAGUUAAAUGUUUUUUUAACCUACAGGAAAAUGCUAGAAACAUUAAACCGGUUACCACAUUC